GGAUUUGUGUCGAGAAGGGUUCCUUGAACCGAAGCGUCCCGUUACUGACCCACUAUCGAACCCAGUGCGUCGAGAAAGACGCGUCUUCGACACAACAAAUAAGUGUCGACCGCGUUCCUGGUCACAUGCUCGGUCUGCGGUCACUGUCAGACGACCCACGGCUUACGGAGGAAGUCCAUCUCUUGGCCAUUCUCGCUCCACCGCAACGUCUAGUGCCAUUUACCUAUCCACGCCUAGAUAUAUCAUUAGUCAUUAGAGUUACGAGUCUGGAACGAUAAAAAAUGCUGUGGAUUACUCUGGUCUUGUUCUUUGUCGGUGGUUCCUUGGCGCAGGUUCCAUUUCUGGGUGUUUGUCCAGCCGUUGAGACUGUACCAGGAUUUGAUGCUGCGAGGUACAUGGGAAAAUGGUACGAAGCUGAAAAGUACUUCGCCCUAUUUCAAUUCGGUGGUAAAUGCGUGACAGCUAACUACGCACUGAGUGAAAAUGGAUCCAUCAAGAUCCGAAACAGUCAGAUAUCAUCCAUAACCGGAGUUGCCUCCAGUCUCGACGGUAUAGGCAGACUCAUCGGCAGGGCAGAUGACGCAAAAUUGUCAGUCGUGUUUCCGUCACUUCCGGUUGGAAUAGACGCGCCAUAUUGGAUCGUCGACACGGACUACGAUAAUUGGGCUGUCGUAUGGAGUUGCACGAAUUUCGGUGUCUUCAGUGUCCGCUAUUCUUGGGUUUUGACGAGGGAACGGAACCCGUCAGUCGCAGUUUUGGAAGAGGCGUACCGAACAAUCGACAAAAACAAGAUAAGCAGAGCGUAUUUCCUCAGAACGGACCAAAAGAAUUGUCCAGCGACGUAUUAGUUACAAUAGAUCGUAAUCCUGCAUUCCCGCAGACACCAUAACUCGUCAUUUGCAUAGUUUAAAGCGUGAUAAGUCUUAUUUUCUAUAUAGAAGAAAACAACAAAUUUAUUUAUUAACUGCCACUCUGUUUUGAAAUAAGAAAUUAAUUUAUAAAGUUUAUAAUUAAUGUAAAUUGAUCUCAAGUGACCAAAAUAUUCGCAAUUUGUAUCACUUUCGAUAGGAAUUUCUUCGAUCGUAAUUUGUACAAUAUAUAAUACAUACGUUCGUACAAAACGAUAAUUAAUCGCGGUCAAUCAAAUGAAUGU